AUGACGGAGGAGGAGGCCGAGGCGGGCAAAGGGGCCGUGGAGGAAGAGGGAAUGCUGGAGAGGGCCGUGGAGGAAGAGGGAAUGCUGGAGAGGAAGGAGAGGGCCCUGCUCCAGAUGGGGGCAAAAGAGGGGGUAGAGGCGGAAGAAAGCCAAGCAAUCAUUCAACAAGGUGAUCCAUACAAAGCUGAGAACACUCGACUGCUCAGAGAAAAUAAUGAUCUACACAUUCAAAUUAUCAAGGUGAAAGAAGAAACUGAUGGUAAAGUCAAAGAUCUGAAAAGUGCCCUCAGGAAGUCAGAACAUGAAUGUGCAGAUUUGCAGUUUUUGAAUUCCCAAUAUGCUCAUAAACUGAAAGCCUUACAAAAACAAGAGCAAGCUAAAUCCACCAGAAUACAACAGCUUCACAUCCCUACAUGUGUGAUCUGCUUCGUGUUGCAGAUCAGCAGAUUGCAGAACUCAACAGACAGGUCAAAAACAUGGAGGGAAGCAAAUGCAGCAUCUACAAGGAAGAGUGAGACGUUGGUAAAGCAGGUCACUUUAAGAGACAAGGAGAUUGAUAGGCUACAACAUUUGUUGGAAGGUGGCAGACCUACUAAGGCCAUGAUAAACGAUGGGAUGGCUGAGAGCACUGAAAGAGUUAUCUCUCAUCUUAAUAUCCAGGUCGAAUAUUUGCAACAAGCCAACAGAGAACUGGAUGCUAAAUUGAGAGCCUCACUGGCUAAACAGCGAGAGGAAAUGGAGGGAAAUAAGGUUAUUAUUCAUUCACUUUAUUUCACAAUAAAAGACAAAGAGAACUUGUUCGAGGAGAAAGCAGCACAGCAUGUUGCUCUACAAGAGAAGGUAGACGAGCUAAAGUUGGAGAAGAAAGAUCUAGUGAAGUUGCUGACGGAGUCUCAUGUUGAGACGGAGAGGUUCACUCUAGUGGUGAAGAGAUUGGAGGAGGAUAAGAAGGAGGCGGGCAGACAGAUCAGGGAUCUGGGGGAGGAGAAUAAACAGCUGAAGAGGAAUGUGAACAGUUUGGAGCAUAUCACCUCGUUAAAGACAACCAACUUGGAGCAAACAGAAAGGAAUGGCUGA